GGCUCACCACACCUCGUUGGACCAGAGUUCCCCCCCGCAGACAGGCAGCCCGGGGACCCCUCCAUCCUACAAGCUCCCCCUCCUCGGCACCUACGACGGCCGGGAUGACUUUCCUCUCCGGAAAACUGCCUCUGAGCCCAACCUGAAGGUGCGGUCGCGGCUGAAGCAGAAGGUGGCGGAGCGGCGGAGCAGCCCUCUCCUGCGGCGUCGUGACGGCUCCGUGCUCAGCGCCUUCCGCAAGCGCCACGUCGAGAUCACCGUGUCCUCGGUGUGCAGCAGUGCCCCCGGGUCGGGGCCCAGCUCCCCCAACAGCUCCCACGGUGCCCACAACGGCCUGGCCGCCUCCGUCCCCAACAUCCACACCGAGCAGCUCCUACCCCAGCCCCGUGCCCUGGCCCUGGAUGGGGCCCAGCUCAGCCUCUACACGUCCCCGUCGCUGCCCAACCUGUCCCUGGGGCUGCAGGCCACUGUCACUGUCACCAGCACCCACCUCCCCGUGAGUGGGGGGCACAGGGACCCUUUGGGGGCAUGGGAGGCGUGGGGACCCCAUGGAGUGGUCACACAGGGACCUGGAACCCCAUGGAGGGGAUGUGGGGAUGCUCUGAGGGCAUGGGGACAUGAGGACUCCGUGGGGGGCGGCACAGGGACCUGGCACCCCAUGGGGGGGAUGUGGGGACUCCCUGGGGACAUGGGGAUCACACGGGCCCUCGCCCGCACCCAGUCGUCCCCCGCCAGCGUCAAGCCCCCUGUGCCCGAGGGGCCCCCCAAGCACCUCUUCACCACAGGUGUGGUGUACGACACGUUCAUGCUGAAGCACCAGUGCACCUGCGGGAACACCACAAUCCACCCGGAGCACGCCGGCCGCAUCCAGAGCAUCUGGUCCCGGCUCCAGGAGACCGGCCUGCUUGGAAAGUGUGAGCGGAUCCGGGGCAGGAAGGCGACGCUGGAGGAGAUCCAGACAGUGCACUCAGAGCACCAUGCACUGCUCUAUGGCACCAGCCCCCUCAACCGUCAGAAACUGGACAGCAAGAAGCUGCUGGGUGGGUGUUGGGGGGGCCCUGGAUGCCUGGGACCCCCCUCUUUUGGAGCUGGGGUGGACAGUGACACGGUGUGGAAUGAGCUGCACUCAUCGAGCGCGGUGCGCACGGCCGUGGGCUGCCUGCUCGAGCUGGCCUUCAAGGUGGCUGCAGGCGAGCUCAAGAACGGCUUUGCGGUCAUCCGCCCCCCGGGCCACCACGCCGAGGAGUCCACAGCCAUGGGCUUCUGCUUCUUCAACUCUGUGGCAAUCUCGGCCAAGCUGCUGCAGCAGCGGCUCAGCGUGGGCAGGAUCCUCAUCGUGGACUGGGACAUCCACCAUGGGAAUGGGACCCAGCAGGCCUUCUACAGUGACCCGCACGUGCUCUACAUCUCCUUGCACCGCUACGACGACGGCAACUUCUUCCCGGGCAGUGGGGCCCCUGAGGAGGUGGGCAGUGGGCUGGGAGUGGGCUACAACAUCAACAUCGCCUGGACUGGCGGCGUGGACCCCCCGAUCGGGGACGUGGAGUAUCUGACCGCCUUCAGGACGGUGGUGAUGCCCAUCGCCAAGGAGUUCUCCCCAGACCUGGUGCUGGUCUCCGCUGGCUUCGACGCCGUCGAGGGCCACCUGUCCCCGCUCGGUGGCUACUCUGUCACCGCCAAGUGUUUUGGACACCUGACGAAGCAGCUGAUGAUGCUGGCAGGGGGCCGGGUGGUGCUGGCGCUGGAGGGAGGCCAUGACCUGACAGCCAUCUGCGACGCCUCCGAGGCUUGUGUCUCUGCCCUGCUCGGCCUGGAGCUGGAGCCCCUGGAUCCAUCCCUGCUGCAGCAGAAGCCAAAUGUGAAUGCGGUGGCCACACUGGAGAAGGUCAUCGAGAUCCAGAGCAAGCACUGGGGGUCCGUGCGGCGUUUCGCGGCGGCCGUGGGCCGGUCCUUGCUGGAGGCCCAGCACAGGGAGGCUGAGGAGGCCGAGACGGUGACGGCCAUGGCCCUGCUCUCGGUGGGCGCCGAGCAGGCCGGGGGAGACCCCCAGCCCAGACCAGUGGAGGAGCCGAUGGAGGCUGAGCCUACGCUCUGA